UGACGAAUGCGGAUGUUUAAGGUAGGAACGCUAGACCGGUGAGAAACUGUUCACCUGAAUGAUGGCUGCCUCAGGGAAACUGGCGUCUUUCCGUCUGCCUCCCUUGCCUACUGUGGGUGAGCUGAUAAAGCUGUACAAACUGCGAGCUGAGAAGCAGCUGUCCCAGAACUUUCUGUUGGACUUGAGGCUCACAGACAAAAUAGUGCGUCAGGCAGGCAAUUUGAGGGAUGCCCAUGUGUGCGAGGUGGGUCCUGGUCCCGGAGGUCUCACCCGCUCCAUCCUCAAUGCCGGGGCGGCGGACCUGCUUGUGGUAGAGAAGGAUACACGCUUCAUCCCGGGGCUGAAGCUGUUGUCCGAGGCAGCACCUGGGAAGGUGAGGAUUGUCCACGGUGACAUACUCACCUACAGAAUGGACCGAGGAUUCCCAUCAAAUAUCUCCAAACCAUGGGAGGAAGAUCCACCAAACCUUCACAUCAUAGGGAAUCUCCCAUUCAAUGUCUCGACCCCCCUCAUCAUCCAGUGGAUGGAGAACAUAGCUAACAGAACAGGGCCCUUCGUCUACGGACGCACCCGACUCACACUCACUUUCCAGAAAGAGGUCGCAGAGAGGUUGACGGCCAGCACGGGCAGCAAACAGAGGAGCCGUCUGUCCGUUAUGGCUCAAUAUCUCUGCACAGUCCGCAACUGCUUCACCAUCCCUGGACGGGCCUUCGUCCCUAAACCAGAGGUGGACGUGGGAGUAGUUCACUUCACCCCUCUGGUUCAGCCCCAGAUCCAGCAGCCCUUCAAGGUGGUGGAGAAAGUCAUCAGGAACAUUUUCCAGUUCCGCAGGAAGUACUGCUAUAGAGGAGUAGAAAACUUGUUCCCCGAGGCGUGUCGUGUUGAGCUGACACAGGAGAUGAUGCAAAACGCAGACGUUGACCCCACUCUACGGCCCACAGAGCUCACUAUACCCCACAUCAGGGCUUUAGUGGAUUCCUACGCUCAUCUCUGCACCCGUGAGCCCAGUCUCCUCAGCUACGAGUUCAGAGAGGAGCUCAGACUGAAGCACCCCAGCGGGCAAGGAAACACACCAACGGACACAUUUAAUGACACGGCAACCGGCACACCACCAAGUCCUCAACAACUCAGCUGAAAGAAAGGAGGAAAAAAAGCAUGGGAACCAAGAGAAGCCUGCUAAUAGCCUCGGUUAGCGCAGGGAGACAACAGACUGCUCUUAGCUUUGACAUUUCCACCUGGCAUAUACAUGCAUUUUUAAAAUGUUUUUUCCCUGCACCCAGGGAGCAAUAGGUAAGUUGGUAUACAUGAAAUCCUGGGACGGAGGGAGCCACAAGGCACAUGAAGGUCCUGAAUGGGUAGGAUCAGCUCCAAGACCUCAUUCCAGGAUGGGAUGGGAUUUGGGGCAAAUAAACAAAGUGUGUUAGUCACCCGCAGUAGCUCUCUUUAAGAGUAUCUGUUUUAUGUCCCAAUUCUUACUUCAGAUCCAACUUGCAUAACACCUCGUCCUGUGGGACCUGAAAGAAAUGUCAGAGUGUUUUCAGGGUGGUUUAGAGAAUGAAAACAACACGGCAGCGCCAUAUCCAGGCCAUUUUUUUCCUUCCACUAUGUACUGUAUUACUUAGUCAUUUGGGAGACAGAGCUCAAAGAGAGGAGGAAAAUGGUGGGAAUUAGUCUGCUCCAGAAAGACUCUUGUUGUAUUAAAGAAAAAGGAAUUGAUGCCUAUAUUUAAAAAAGGCAAAUGAGCCAAAUUAAUCAAGGACGCACUGAUGUCCCACACAGUUUUCAUAUUUCUUGUACAGACUGCAGCAUUUAUAACAUGUAUGUUGAAUAAAUCUGACCCAGGUUUUUUUUUUAAAGGUUU